GAAGGCAAAUUGUCAUAUUCUUUUCAUCGCACUUACGACGCUGCUGAGCCGGAGAAGCGAAGUGUACAUUCACUGCGACAAUUGGGUCCAUCGAGCGCAUAAAUAUACACACACCACAAUCAUGGCAUCUACAGCCGCCCACAAAGAUCCAACAUUCCGCAACUACGACUUAGGGUCCGCAAAGAACUAUGCUAAAGGUCAUCGACAUCAUCAUCAACCAACAUACCUCGACUGGAGGAAACUUGGACCUCCUCGUCGACAUCGGUUGUGGACCCGGGACGGCAACACGUUCAGUGGCGCCGCACUUCCAACAUGCCAUCGGCGCGGAUCCGGGGCAGAGCAUGAUCGAGACGGCGAGGAGUAUCCCAAGCUCAACUGCGUCCGGCGAGCCCGUGACCUACGAGAUCUGCAGCGCCAAUGCACUGAGCAAUUUAUCAGCGCUGAAACAAUAUCCAGAGGGUGUUGAUCUGAUCACGGCGGCCACGGCGGCGCACUGGUUCGAGUACCCGGACUUCUAUCGCGAGGCAGCCAAGAUCCUCAAACCAGGUGGGAGCAUCAUCAUAUGGUGCACGAAGGGAUACUACGUGGACGAGCGGACCACGCCGAAUGCGAAGAAGUUACAGACGUUGUGGCAAGAUUUCGAAAACGACGCCCUCGUGCCAUACGAGCUGGAGGGAAACAAGAUGACCAAGGAGUUGUUGGCGAGCUUGCCAUUGCCUUGGAGUAGCUACGAGGGCCAGGAUGUGGAUUCCGAGACGAAGGAGUUGUUGAAGAGCUUUGACGAGAAGGAUUAUCGCAGGCUUGUGUUCAACGAUGAGGGGCAGGUCAAGCCCGGUGAGGAUUUUCUUUUGGCGAGACGAGUCACGCUUGCACAGUCGAAGCUUAUGCUGGGGACGGUGAGUCCGGUGACCAGGUGGAGGGAGGCAAAUAAGGAGAAGCUCGAGAAGGGGGAGAUUGAAGAUAUUGUGGACAAGGUUAUGAGGAGAACGAGGGAGUUGCUGGAUGAGACGGAAGAAGGGAAAGGGCGGGAUUGGAUGGAGGGAGGGUCGGCGUUGGUGAUUAUGGUGAUCAAGAAGAAGUGAUCUGGUCUGAUGUAGAGUCAUAAGGCUCAACGAACUGUCUGUUAAUGGAAUAGAUUAUUACCUAGGUAGUCCAAUCGACACCGCACUAUCAUUCAAUGAC